AUGUCGACAGCAGAAGAGACGAUUAAGAUGAUUUUUGAUGAAACUUGGGAGGAGGCUUCAUAUCCCGGUGGCACUGAAAUAAUUGAAAUUGUCCCUGAUAGUACAGAGAAACGGAGAGCUGCAGACUCACACUUUGUUGUGCAAGAACGUGUUGGCAAGAAGAGAAAUCUGAUGGAUGUUCCUUCCGAAAGACGUGAGGAGCAGUUGGUUAAAAGGAGGAGAUCAGAGUCAGGAGAGAAGGACGUGGAGACCAUCAAGCCUGAGACCAAUGUAGAGGCAUCCUCCACUGUCACAAGGACAGUCGGCGAGGAGAAUCCUUUGAAGAGAAAGUGCAUGGAUGUUUCUCAAGGACCUGAGUCCAGGCCUGAAGGGACAGGAAAAAGGAACAGAACAGAGACAGAGGAGAACUAUAAGAAGUUUUGUUCUACAGACAUGUUUUUAAAGCGCUACGCAGUGGGACGUAUGCUAGGACGUGGAGGCUGCGCUUCCGUCUGCGCAGGGGUCCGGAAGUCAGAUAGGAAAAAGGUGGCACUGAAGAUCAUGUCCAAGAUUAUAAAUGACAAGUACAUCACAGUUCCCGGUGACACACGCAGACUCCCCGCUGAGGUGGCGAUUUUGGAACUCGUGUGCAAGCCGCCACGCUGUCCGUAUGUGAUCGAACUGCUAGAUUGGAUCGAGACGCCCGCAGGCAUCGUCAUCGUCUUGGAGAGGCCAGACCACUGCGUCGAUCUCUUCGACUUCUGUAGCCGUGUGGACGUGACCGAAAAUAUGGCUAAAAUCAUCAUGCGGCAAGUCAUUCAGGCUGCACGUCACUGCCGUGCCCGGGGUGUGUUCCACCGUGACAUCAAGGAAGAAAAUAUUCUCAUCAACCCUCACACCCUUGAAGUCAAGCUCAUUGAUUUUGGCUGCGGUGAUCUACAUAAAGACACUCCCUACACUGAAUAUGCAGGCACUCCGAUUUACUUCCCUCCUGAAUGGCUAACCGAAAGAAAGUACGAGGCGGAACCCGCUACUGUCUGGGGUCUGGGUGUCCUCCUGUACAGCCUGCUGUGUGGACAAAUGCCGUUUAACAGCCCACACCAGACUGUUCAUGGCCUCCAAUGUUUCCCAGAUCAUCUGUCUAUAUCUUCCUGUAGUCUGAUCAACUGGUGUCUACAAAAGGACCCAAAAAGACGUCCAACACUAGAGCAGGUGAUUGCACACCGCUGGGUCCGACAUUACACGGUUGCCCCCUGCUGCAGAGUCCCCCUGGUCCUAAGAGGAAUGACUCCAGUACUAGAGAUUCAUUAGGAAUU